AACUAGCAACAAUUCUAGUCCGCAUGAAAAAGAAAAGCUCUAGGGGUCGUUUGGAAGUUGCGAAUGUUAAAUCGUUGCAUUGUAAUGAAUCACCAUGAUAUAAAUGUAUGUAUUGAUACAAUGGAUGCAUUUUAACAAUACAUUGUUUGGUUGUUGAGAUUCUAUUUUAUGCAUUGAUUUACAUAAAGUUACUUUUAUGGGGAAAUGUCAUAUUUACCCUCAACUUUUAGAAUAAGACAAAAACUAUUGGGGAUAUAAAGGGAAAGAAAAGGUUGACACAAAUCUAAAACCAACAAUCACAACAAUCUCAACUUUUAGUUGAGAUUGUAUAGUGCAUCAUUUUUUGUGAUUGUUGGUGGGACCUACCUAAAACAAUGCAUGCAUUAUUUAACACUUUGGCACUUCCAAACAUUGUAUUGUGCAUAAUACAUGUAUUCAACAAACACAACUAUAACAAUCACAACUUCCAAACGACCCCCUAAAGAGAGAAGCAAUGAGAAUAGAAAGUGGAACUCACUACUCAGCUUAAAAUUUCAUGCCUUAAAAUUUCAUCGAGAAAAACAAAAUGUACUAAUAAGUAAGUAGAACAAAAUUAUUGUUUUGUAAUUGAAUUUGAUGUUUCGAUGAAAAAGUUAAUGAUUCAUUAUUCAAUUAUUAAUUAGCAUAGACCUGUUGGUAAGUCAUUUAUGGAACCAUCUAUACCUAUAAAUUAUAAUAGUUAUAAAUAUUAUACUAAUUAGGGUAGGACAAAGAAUGCAAAAGUGGAAAUGAUAAAAGUGAGAUAGAGGGAAAUUGAAAAAUGAAAUGAAGAGGAAGUGCGAAGAAUAUUUUGGUAACGAUUUUACUAAUUCGGUUCCGUAGAUAAAGACCCACCAACCAUAAAUACAUAUUCUUCAAGCACUCUUGGGUAAGUUUUCGACCCCUUGUUUGUUUGGCAUAUUGGCCUAUGAUUGUCACUUCAAUGUUACUUUGUUAAUAUGACAAUCAAAAACCGAAGUGACAUGUCAAUCCCUCAAUCUUUUCGCUUGGCAAGAAGACCAAUACUAGGGAAUACCCAUUGCAUUAUGUACAGUCAAUUAAGCUAUUUUAUACUCAUUGAUGCAUUUUGUACGGUGCAACUAAGCUAAUACAAUUGACUAUGAGCUUCUAUCACUCCCGUGCAUUAGAUCUUUAUCCGUAGAGACACCAUGUUAAAUCGCUUGAGUUCUUUUGAUUAUGGGUGGCUUAAAUCUUUUGAUUAUGUCUAUAGAUUAAUUGGUCCCUUGUCCCUUGAUUAUAUGGUUAGGGCUAAAUUUCUUAAACACUGACUAUGAAACAAUGGAAAACUUGUUAAUAUAAUGAGCACGAAUGCAGUCAAAAUCGCAUUUUAAAAUUUAAAAGUUUAUUGUUUUACGCUACUAGGUCAUCAAAAUGCUUUCGUUUUCAUAUAAAAUUUUUGGUGCAUAAAAUCAGACUAAAUUGAGCUUAUAAGUUUAAAUUCUUACGCUUUUACGCUUCUAGUUCAACAAUACAUUUUACGAUGUUACGCUUUUAGUUCACUAAAUGGGUAUUAUUUUCAUUAAAUGAAUUAUUAAAAAGGUAUAUUUAAAGGUAAAUCACCAACAAUAUGAUACAUUUGAGAUUAAAAUAUAUAUAUACUAUACUAUAUAGGCACUUGGAUGCAUUCUCGGUUUCAAUAGAGUAAUCUAAUUCAGCAGUUGGGCCCUUCCCAAAUUCAUUAGCAUAGAGAGGAAGAUGAUAUAUUGCUAAGAUGCUACGAGUUGCUCUACUUUAAACAUGAAUUGCAGGUAGUUAUUGACUUAUCUAAAUAAUGUACACUCAUAUUUUACAUGGUACAUGUCUUACUUAACAGAUUUACAGUUAUCUUACACUAUGUAUAACAAAUUUUACUCUUUUACACUUUGAUUCUACCAUUUAUGAUUUUACCUUUUUCUAAUUCUAAAUGGAGAACAAUUCAAACUGUGAGCAUGAAAUGGACAUCCCUGUAGUGUCCGGGAAUGGGCUCCCAGAAUCCAAAACGUAAUUGGCAACCUGUCAUUAUGAAAUGCACCAUCUCCAUCCUGCCCAAACCAAUGAAAACGACAAGAGCUAAGAAGAGGGAGAAGAAGAAGACCCACAGGGGCGAUUAUGAAAACAGAGCAAGGGUUUUAGUUUAUCAGCAACAGCGACUCAUAAAAUGAUAUAUCCAGGGCAAAGCCUGGCCACAUAAAUGGUGGAUGGGAACUAACCCAGAGAUCGCCUGCCCUGCCCACUACCUUAAUUAGUAACAGCCAGCCAGAACAUCACCUAGUGAAACUUCAAAGAAAAAUGGCGAGUGGUGGGUGGGUUUGGGUACUCUGCCUCAUGGUGUUUCUUCUGAGCAGCGCGGCAGCGGCAGGUGUUUCUUUGGGAGCCGAGGAGGAGUACAGCAGAGGUGAUUUCCCAGAAGGGUUCAUCUUCGGCGCAGGAACGUCGGCGUAUCAGGUGGAAGGAGCUGCAGACCAGGACGGCCGGAGCCCCAGCGUGUGGGACACCUUCGUCCAAGAGGGUUACGCCGGUGGAGCUACAGGGGACGUCGCCGUCGACCAGUACCAUAAAUACAAGGAUGACGUACUACUAAUGGCUGGAAUCGGGCUGGAUUCCUACCGAUUUUCCAUCUCCUGGUCCAGGCUCAUCCCUGGCGGGAGAGGAGCUGUCAAUCCCAAAGGCGUCCAGUACUACAACAACCUCAUCAAUGAACUCAUUAGCCACGGAAUCCAGCCGCAGGUGUCGUUGUACAACUACGAUCAUCCCCAGGUUCUCGAGGAUGAGUACGGAGGAUGGCUUAGUCGAAGAAUGGUGGGAGAUUUCAGAGAUUAUGCGGAGGUGUGCUUCAGGGAGUUUGGUGACCGAGUUGGUCACUGGACAACAGUGAACGAGCCGAACAUCUUGGCCUCCGGCAGCUACGGUCAAGGGCUCGGGCCUCCCCAUCGCUGCUCGCCGCCGUUCGGCGUCACGACAUGUGCUCAAGGGAAUUCCACGACGGAGCCUUACUUGGUCCUCCACCAUAUCCUCCUCGCCCAUGGAUCCACAGUAAAAUUGUACAGGGAAAAAUAUCAGAGGAAGCAAGGAGGGCUAAUUGGACUGACCCUUUUCGCACUCGGCGUAGUUCCUUACACCAACUCUGCAGAAGAUGUAGCCGCAGCCAAGAGGGCCAAAGACUUCUUCAUUGGCUGGGCUGCAAAUCCGUUGGUGUUUGGGGACUACCCGGAGGUGAUGAAGAGGAAUGUUGGGUCGAGGCUGCCACGUUUCACGAUCGAAGAAUCGAAACUGGUGAAGGGAGCGUUCGACUUCCUUGGCGUCAUACAUUACAUGGAGAUACCUAUGAAAGACAACCGCGAAAGCCUCAAUUCGGAGCUCCGGGACUUCUAUGCUGAUGUUGGCGCUCAGAUGAUGGUGAGCUUGGACAGUUAUACGCACGGGUUCCCAGUAAAGCCGGGGGCUUUGCGAGAAGUUCUGGAGGACUUCAAGACGCUGUAUGACAAUCCUCCUCUUUACGUCCAUGAAAAUGGGCAAGUCGAGAGACGCAAUGGAAGCCUGAAAGACACGGGCAGAGUGGAGUAUCUCCAUCGUUACAUUGGCGCUGUAUUGGAUGCCAUUAGGAAUGGAUGCAAUGUGAGAGGAUACUUUGUAUGGUCGCUAAUGGAUGUGCUGGAGCUACUGGGCGGAUUCCAGACCGGAUACGGAUUGUAUUACGUGGAUCUGGACGACCCGAACUUGACCCGAUAUCCCAAGCUCUCUGCCCACUGGUUUUCCCGUUUCCUCAACGGAACCUCCGUUGGUCCAGACUACAGUAAUGUUAUUGCUGAAUUUGAGCUCGCUGCUGCCAAUCUGAGCCACCUGAUCACCCACGUUCGUCGUCGCAGGCAGCAUUCAUCUCAUUAGACUUCCACGAUUGCGGCGGGUUACUCGGUCGCAGCAGUACUAUAAUAUGUACAAGUGCUUCUCUUGUAUUUAUUAAUAAAUGGGAGGCUUUUGGUAAACUUGUAUAUGAAUAUUGAACCCUACUUAACUAUUAUGCAUGGCUCCUGGGUUUUACUAUGAUUGUGCUUGUUGGUUUGAUGGGUAACUAGGAGUCAGCUAGCGUAAUUAGUGGAAUAAAAACAUAGUUUGAUUAAUAUUCACACACAUACUUUUUUUAAAGAUAUUUGCUGACCUCAAAUUUAAGUUCAUAAAAUUUAUAAUUUUCUCAUUUCAUAUACAUUAUCACUUGGUCACUCAACACUUUAUGAGAUUGAUAACUAGAGAUGACAAUCAAAUCUGCGACUGUCGGCACCCAAUCACCACAAAUCUAGUCAACAUGAAUAUCUCUAGAUUUAUUGGAUAUGUGGCUAGUAUGAGUAACCACGCACAAUUUUUUGAUGGAAAUGGGGCAGGGUUGGUUUUAGGCUUGCUCACUGCCUCACUCCAUACAAUAUCCAUAACAUUCAACUAAGAGUGUUUCUUCAUGCAUAAAGGAUCAUAUGGCAACUUAUCAAUCAUAGGAAGGGUAAUUUAAGAAAAAUAAAGAUCUAAAAUGUACUUGAGUGGUCAUCAAAACUGAACGUUAAUUUCUUUCCCUUAGUUCGACAUUCACUCUUUCACUUUUUCACUUGAAAACUAAUUUAUUUUGGUUAUUUAUUAUUUAGUAGAUAUGUUGAAUUGAGAGAUGAAUGAUUUCAAAUUUUCAAUAGUAUUGUACUUUAACUUAUGGGUUAAUAGAUGCUGUCGACUUUAAUGCUUUGGAUUUGUACUAAGAAUGAAUUUUCUGAUUUAAUAAAUCCGUUUGGUGUUAUAAUUAAAUAUUUUACUUAGUGGGCCUUGAAUCAUCUCUCUCUCUUUUUUUACUUCUAUUUCUCCUAGUAAAGCAUGCAUUUGCUUUUGAGCGCGUCCAAAUUCAAGGGAUUCCGGCCGCCGGAUUUUUGGCUUCCUCCCUUUUCCCAUUAUUUAUUUAUUUUUUCCUCAAAAUCUUCUAUGGUGAAAAUGAUGUCGAACAACUUGCUUCGAUUUCCAACUAAGAGUCCACAUGGUUGCAAGUAAAGAGAACUAACGGUCCACACUGAAUGUUGGUUUUGCGAACUUAUUCUAAUUUAUAUUCAGUGCCUCUAUCUUAAGAUGUCUUAUAACUUAUAAGUAUAUGACAUAAAAUUUUAUCUUUUGACAUUUUCCGAGCACUUAACUAAUUAUUGUGAUGAAUUGAUCAUGUCAAUAAAGUGUUCGAUCGAAACAUAUCAUAUUAACUAGUACUGUGACCGGCCAGUUGGCCGGUUGGUGGCUCUUCAUGUGCAUUUGAUAUGACGUGUAUUUUCUAUUAAGAAUUAAUAUGAAGUAGGUGAACGGUGGAUUUUGAUUGACUAUGGAUUUGUCUACUUUUUUGGUGAUUUUAAUGUGUAUCGUUGUGAUGUAAAUUGUAAUCGCUCUUCUUUUUAAGAGUUGUUCAUCAUGGAUGCACUUUAAAAUUAGAAUAAUAUUUGUUUGGGUGGUUUGUUGGAUGCUAAAAGUAUAUAUUUAUCGAAACAUUAUCGCAAGUCCCGAAUUCAGUUUGUUGGAUGCUAAAAGUAUACAAUUAUCGAAACAUUGUCGUAAGUAGGGGGUGGGAAAUGGGUUGGUCUAUACCGGACCACACCGAAUUGAAUAUAAUAUGAUCUGGUCCUUGGUCCAAUGAAUUUUGUAAAUACUG